CAUUAUCCAAAUUCCCUCCUCCCAUUAGGCAAAAGAAGUAAGAACAACAAAAAAGUUGCGAAGAUAAACCAGCGUUUCUGCAAAGCACUUGGGAUUUCAGAAUGAGGUGCAUCCAAUUUCACCCUGCUGCAUUGCUUUCCAUGCAAACACAGCUCAACCACAGACAGCAGCUGCUGGGGAGUAGUUGUAAAGUGCUUUUGAUUUCCACCAUUGAAGCUACUAAUUAUAAACUUGCUGCACAGAGGCAGCAGCACUUUCUUUCUCUAAGGACCAAGGCCAUGCACAAUGAUAUUGCUCUUGAUGUCCCUUCCCAUGCCAAGUCUGGAGACAUUUCAGUCCUCCUUCAAACUGGUGGGGUACUUUUUCUUGCUUACUUGUUCUCAAAUUUCGUUGUGCCAAUUCUCAUUACGAAAUAUUUCGGAUUCGAUAAGGUGGGUGAAGAAGAAGAAGAUGAAGACGACCUAUUUAAGAUGUGAAAAGGGGUUUCAAGAGCACUGAGUCUGGAAACAAGA